AUGUCCGAGUAUGAGAGCGUCUCGCUCGUCAAGCCAGAAGUGUUCAUCUACAGAAUCCCGCCGCUCAGCACAAACAAGGGACACAAGGCGGCUGACUGGAAUCUCGACACCCCCGACUGGACGGGACGUCUACGCCUUGUCGCGAUAGGAAAGAAGCUUGAAUUACGGCUGGAGGAUAAGGGAAGCGGCCAAUUAUACGCGAAGGCGCCGGUUGAAAGCUACCCAGGAGUGGGAGUUGAAUCCGUUUCCGAUUCGUCAAGAUAUUUCGUUAUCCGAUUGGUGAACGAGAAUGGGCAAACGGCGAAUGUUGGCUUAGGAUUUGCGGAUCGUGGAGAUUCCUUUGAUUUUAACGUUGCCCUGCAGGAUCAUUUUAAAUACCUCGAAAAAGCGGCCGAAAUCGAACAACAGAGCUCGCAGCCAGGCCCGCAGCUCGACCUGGGAUUCAAAGAAGGGCAGACCAUCACUAUCAAUAUUGGGAAAAAGCGAGAUGGCGGUGCUAGCUCCACUUCACGACCGAAACCAGCUGCAGGAGCUGGUGGUGGAUUUCCUCUGCUGCCGCCGCCUCCCGGCCCUGGCCAACAGACCCGGCCCAGAGGGCAACCAGGGUUCGAUUUGAUUGGG